CUUGGUUUCUUACAGGAUACGGAAUCGAACUGCGAAAGAAUGUUUUUGAUGCUCAAAAAUCCUAUGUUUGUUAAUUGUACGUUACCAUUGAAUUGGUUAUCUAGUUUGCGAUCUAAUAUACGAUCAUUAACUAUUAUCGGAGGAAACCUCAAACAUAUACCGCCCAACGCAUUUAUCAGUACUUUCGCUACCAAUGUUAGGACUCUGUCUCUCGAAGAUGUAACAUUAACCAAUUGGUUUCCAGAAACUUUUAUAGGUCUGUCAAAUAUUCAAGAGCUAUUAAUUAAAAAUACCACACUAUUAACUAUUCACUCCGGUGCAUUAAAAACAAUCGACGAUACUUUAAUAACUUUAGAUAUCAAAGCCACUAAUGUAUGGGAUCCCAUAAACGUAACCGGUACAGCUAAUCCUGAGAAACUGGCUACUGUAGAUUUUUCUAAAAAUAUAUUUACAGAUAUACUGAACAAGAACAGCUUUUCGCGAUUACAAAAUUGUAAAAUACUAUAUUUAAAUUCAUGUAAAAUCUCUGUAAUUGCUAACGGCACAUUUGAUCAUUUGAUAAACAUAGAAAUUUUGUUUCUUAACAAUAAUUUUAUCCAUACCGUAGCUGAUGGUUUAUUUAGUCAAAUGCUAACUCUAAAACAUAAACCAAGGAUUAAUUUACAAGACAAUCCCUGGAGAUGUGAAUGUACGAUAAAUGAGUUACGGAAAUUGCACGAGCACGAUCUGUUGAUUGUAGAACCAUCAUGUUACUAUCCCAAGGAAGUUCAAGGAUUAACAUUUUCCGAAUUUGAAAAUUAUUGUUCAUCCAAUGAUUCACAAACACAAGUUAUCAUUCCAGAUAUAAACGAUAAUAAAAACUUUAAUAGGAGCUAUCAGACGUUAAAUAUUGAGAAUGAAGUAUCAUGCGAUUAUGACAGCGAUGUGGACAACGAAAUAACACCUUUAAUUUCGACCUCUAAUGAAUAUCGUUGUUCAGGAUUCAGAGCUCAGAAUUACAAAUUAAUCCCGACGGGUUCAAAUAGCUUAUGCGAUCUAUUUUCGACAGACAACAAAUGGCUUAAACCUGUAUUUUAUUCGAGAAUUCAACCAAAUUCAGUUAUUGAAAUAUCUUCACACGGACCUUCUAACUAUGGCUUACUGUGGUAUAGGGCAAACUGUCCGCGAGAAAUAUACUGCGUUUCCAGUUUACCGCAAGUGCUGAGAAUUUUUAACGUAAAUAAUAACAAUAAUUACAUAUUUUGCCGGUUUUAUAACAGAACAGUACUGACUGAUGAAUGUGUAGUUUAUGAUUUUUCAAAAUCUGAGCAACCGUAUCGAAGAAAAUCUAUAUUCUUGUUGUGUAUGAUAACAGCUAUCGUUUGUCUGUCAUUCGGUGCACUUGUAGUUUACGGACUUAUUCGUAAAAAUCCUGGACUACUGAAAGGAAGCAAAAGAGUUCUCUUUGUGAAACAUAAGCAAGUUGAUGCGUUGGUGCUUCCACCUAAAGUGCCUUUGAGAAGCAAUCAAAUGAAAGAAACUCAUUUUUCAAAGAGAGGUAAUAGGAAUAUAUUUAUAAUGUCCCCUGAUUUGAAUAAUUUACCCAUGAAAUUUACAAGAAUGAAUUCGACGAGAAGCACCAACAGCAGUAACCCCAGUUACAUUUCGGCGAUACAACCGAGUGAGGAUCAACUAGCACAAUGGCGGUUAAAGCAUUAUUUGGAAGAACAGUCUACCGUACAUUCCCCUGAUUCCUGCACGUCGUCAAUUUCUUGGAUUUAUGACGCUGAUCCUAAACCGUAUUUUUCACUUGAUUCUAAAGAGCCGACAUAUGACAUUGUUAAAAAGAUUUGAUCGCUCUGAAUAUUUUCAUUUUUAUUUAUCGACACACAUUUUGGCAGG